AUGGCGCAGACAUCGACAACCAAAUGUAAUUUGUGUAAUACAACUAAUGGCACAUUAAGGGAUGAUGGAAAACCUGAAGUUGAUCUACUGGAUGAGGAAGAAUUAGUGAAGACGAAGUCGGUGGUGAAUUACAUUAAAAACAGAAAUAACUCUGUAGGAGUGUAUAUCGCAAAUUGCAGACGCAAUCCAUUGCAAUUGUACUUUGAAGUGGAAAUUGUAGCCUUGGGUAGAAACAGUAUAAUUGGUGUUGGUCUAGUUCACGACAAAUAUCCUUUAGACAGACUUCCAGGAUGGAAAUCGGGUUCGAUAGGUUUUCAUGCUGACGAUGGCAGCAUUUUUAUUGAGACCGGUUAUGGUGAUCCAUAUGGACCUGUGUGGAAUGUUGGGGAUAUGAUUGGAUGUGGGAUACAUUUACCAUCAGAAACGAAUUCUCCAAAAAAAUCUAGUAAAGUGGAUUUUUUCUUCACAUAUAACGGAAAGAAGGUACGAAUAUAUAUGUUGAUGUUUUAA